ACCAUUAAACUGCAAAACCCGAGGCCAAGACGGACAGCAAAGCAACGUGGGGACUAAAUCAUGGCAUUGGCUGAGCGUAAGCCUGGAGGCCACGAGCCCCAGAAAUAAACAACAGCUUCUGAGAACUGAGGCAGGGAAACUCUGACAAGCAUCUGUCUUUCUUGCAAGAGGCUCAUAUAUCCUGUGGGCUGUCAUUUCACGUCGUAUCAUACCAUAGCAGAACAACAGUCGCUUUGAAACGUACAUACCUGGAAUCCCAGCACAUUUCCAGCAGAAGAAAGUCACGUACUGCGGAGACAGAGGGCUGCGUGCUCUGACAGAAGGUGAGGAGCGAGGAGGGACGGGUCGGUGUCCUGCAGCCCCUGCCUUCGUGCCAGCAAGGGCUUCUUCAGAGGCUCUGUGGGUGAAGAAGAGGGGAUACUGGAGGCAGGUCCGCACGCAGAGCUCACUCUGAUGAGCUGCCUGCCUCUGUGCGUUGAUGAAUGGCUUCUUCAGGCACACAGGUGCGCUGGGAAUUACAAAAGCUGAAGAAAACAAAGGGACGUAGGGACAUGCCUGAACAGGGACAUUUCCUGGGGACAAAUGCUUAUCUCGGCUAGCAAAGAGAAUUACAAGCGUGGAAUACGGGAACCUAGAUUAAGACAGAGAAAGAACGAGCUCAAGAGGACACCAAUACAAAGGCUUCGAGGAAGGAGUCUGGGGAAAGAGAAGAGACAGUAAAGAGAAAGGAGAGGGAGGGAAAUAUUUGUACCUAUCGAAGGAAGGCAGGAAGAAUAAAAAGAAAGUGAAAAUAAAAGGGAUAUUAAUGGAGAAACAUGAAAAAAGGAAUAAACAGGAAAGCCCUGGGAGGGGAGGGGGAGUCUGUAGUCUGGGAGAAGAAAGUAGGAAACAGCGGCGAUCGGAGGAGAUGGCAGCAAGGAAAUGGGAGCGGCGUACAAAUGGAAGGAGUAAGAAUGCAGGUAGAAUCACACAUGGUAAACGAAACUGGGAGAAAACUGAAGUGAGGAAGUCUGAGCUCAAGAGAGGCGCUAAGGGUGGUGCUGCCAAAAGUCACGCUCUCUUCCAUGUCACCUGCCUGCAAAAGACAGCCAGUCAGCAAGCAUUGCUUCCAGCGUUGGAAAUGGUCUGUGGAAAUGGGGGACCACCUCAACGAGGCAUCCUGCAGGAAGAGAAACACCUCCCAAAGGUUUGCCUUCACACUCAGUGCAAGGAACAGCACGAAGGAAAAGGCAGGUACAUGAGAAUAAGAUAAACCACUGGUAAACUGGAGGAACUGGAACAAGCUAAAAGUGAAAUCUUUAGGAAAGCAAUUAGAGAUCUGCCACGUCAGCAUGAAGACACCUUGUUUGGCUCACCAGGAAGUGUAAUUUAGACCCUGGUUACCUCUGCUGAGGGUACAUCUGCUAAUGUUCUUCAGAAUUGCAGCAGGCCUCCCUGCUUUACAGCAACUAAAGAAAGGAGGAGGCACUGCUGCUAACUUUCCCUGGUAGCCAAGUAUAUAAGCUUCAGUGCCUCCAAUCAAGGCUGAUGAAAUCUGUCCUUCUCUGAAACGAGUGCAUUCCUCCAAGCCCCAUGGAGAAAGCAGUGGCGAGCAGAAGUGGGUUCUCCCUCCUUGCAGAAGAAAACAGCGAGUCGGUUCCAGCUUUUCUGAGCAAACCAUUGGUGGAUGCUGCUGCCAAAACUGGGAACUGAAAUGGCACACAGCCUGCCCUUCCCGCGGGACCAGGAGGAGCGUGGUCAUCAGUACAACUUUUCAAACAGAAGAGGGAGAUCCAUCAAUUUUGUGGUUGCAGCGUGUCCCAGGCAAAAUUUCGUUAUUGGUUUCAUCUGGAUUAGAAUUAACCGUUAAGGCUUCUCUACCUUACACUUCCUGAUCAUUUCUGCUCCCUUUUGCAAUAAAACAGAGCAAGGUUGUAAAUGGGCUGGAGGGAAUGGGGAAUACCCAAAGCCAGUUGGUAGGACCACCUGCUCAGGAGAGGAACUGACUUGAUAUUUGGUAUCACUAGGCUAGGCACCUUCCUUCUGACCAUGCGCUAUAGCAAAAUGGCAGGGAAUAUAAACUCGUGUGGCAUCAAAUUGUUUCAUCAACAUACAAAUAUUAACACCCACAUGUGUAUGAGGCAUUGCCCAUACCUUUGGGGUCUGUUUCCUCUAGGCGACUGUUGGCUAACCUGUAGGCGUCUCAGGGCUUCAUGCCAGUGGAAAAGAAUACAUACAAAAUGUUUCUUUAAGGCAUGGGUUUGUUCAGCUACCCACGUUUGAAGGGAAUGAGAGAAUACGAAUUAGGCAUCUAGGCUGCAGUGCUGAGAAGGGUGUUUUACUCCUGCCCAUGUAGCUUUUGGUCUCCAAAACCAUAAAAGAAGCCAUUAUAACGUGACAAAGGAAUGACUGGGUGGCAAGUGUUGUGCCUCAACGAUACCACUAUUAACAACUGAUAUCUUAUUGGUGAGGAGAGUUAAGCUAUUAACGGCUAAUUUACGCCUCUUUCUUCACUGUGUGACUCAAACCAGUUCUGCAGUCUGUUACAGGUUAACUAGCCAGGGUUAGGCAGGGCGGGGCCUGGAGCAGAUUGCAAAACUGGUUUAUUCAACUUGCAGAGUGAGGAAACAUCCUUAAAAAUAGCCAUUCUAGAGGAAGACAAGAUGCCUUCCUGUCAAUUUUUGGCACAUCGCGUAACAAAACAGAUCUUUAGGCCCCCUCAGCUUUUGUUACUGCACUGAGACACCGUGUGCGGGUCACACACAGACAGAAGCCACCCAGUAUUGUGCCACAGCUGAGCAGCGUGCCUUUAAUUUAGCCCGGGGCUAUGCUCAGAGGCACACCCUCACCUGCAGCCUCUCUCCUCAGCAAGUGUGUGCCAAGUGCAGCUGGUUAAUAGAUCACAGAUCAGAGCGACCAGCUGCUUCAAGCAUAUGGGGCGAUGGAGGAGGGGAGGCUACAAGGCCCUUCUGUGAACGUGUGAAAUGCAGGCCUGGAGGUCAACAGGUGAUUUCAAGUAAGGGAAGAGGUAGAAGAUGUCUGUACUGAGUACAGUAAAAGAGAAAGGGAGUGCAGUCUGCUCUCUCCAGCAGUUUUGUUCCUCCUGAGGGAGCAGGGUGAAAUGCAGGCGCUGAGAGCUUCCCUUGUGAGGUGGGCCUUGUGCAGCUUCACCUGGGCACGGGCGGUACCACGUGAGGCAGUGACACAGGUGUAUCUGAAACCUCCUCCGAGGUUAAGCUGAGGAAGAUGGAGUACGGAAAGCGUUGGAAUAAACGAUUAAGUUCUAUUAAAAGCCUAUUGUGUACGUGCUAAAA